UAAUUAAAUUAAGUUAAUUAAUGCAAAUAUUAGUUGCAAAUAUUUGUGAAACGACAUCGUAUAAACUCUUCAACUCGAGAGAUCAAGGGUUUAAGAAGGGUUAUCAAAUACAAAACCACCAAUAAACCUUCCACUGUGUUCAUCAAAUGGUAAUCCAUUUUCGGACUCGGAUCCGAUCUCCAGCCCGAACCUAUCUAUUCAAUCCAUUUCCCAGUCCUUUACGUACCCAAACCCCUAAAUCUUCGAAAUCCCUGAAAAUGUCUACAAACCAAUCGAAACCAAAGAGACCCGUAUGUCCAUCUUGCUCGAAACCUGCCCGAACCUGCCUCUGCGAUCGGAUACGGACCCGGAACCUUGACAAUUCGGUAAGUGUAACGAUUCUUCAGCACAGUUUAGAAAGAAAUCAUCCCUUGAAUUCUACUAGAAUUGCAAAAUUAGGGCUCAAGAAUCUCAAUGUGGUCACUGUUUUUGAAGUUGAUUUUGAGGCCCGGUUCGAAAUCAGGUUGUUGGAACCGGGUCAUGAGUCGGGUCUUGGUCGGGUUGGAUUGGAAAGUUCUGUGUUUGGUCAAGUGGGGGGAAAGGAAGAGAAGCAGAAAGCUGGUUUUGAGAGUUUUGGUUUCGAAGUUGAGGGAAAUGAGAAGUACCCGGAUGAAAAAUGUGGGGACUUGAUUCAAAGAAAUGGAGAAUUUAGUUUGAAAAAUGAUGUUAGUAGGAGUCGAAACACGGGAAAUUCCUUAAAAGGUUUGGAUUUUGUGGAGAAUUUAGAUGCUUCUGAUGGUGAUGAGCUGUUGUUAGAGUUAACUGGUAGAGAAUGCCGUGGUGCAAGAGGCUCAAUACCUAUGGAGAAUCCUUGUGAGAAGUUGGAGAAAGGGUUUAAUUUGGAUGCUAAUGUGUUAAAUGAAGCUGUUCUAGAUGACAGAACUGAUUUUGGUCAAAAUGGAGCUGUUCCUAGAGAUAGAGAAGGACCUGUCAUUAGUGCUACUAUGAUUAAGUAUGGAUGUAUUACUGAUCUUUCUCAAAUUUGGAAGGUGGACAUACAUGGGAGGAAGCCAAAGUUUGAUCACAUUUUGGCCUCUCCGUUUGCCAGGGAUGCCUUGGCUGGAGGAUUUGUUGUGAAAAAAUUUGAAAGGCGGAAAUUGGAUGGGAAAAUGGAAGUGGAAGAGAAUGAAGAGUUUGAAGUCAAGGUUCCUCCUGGAUCAAUUCUCCUAUUCCCAAGUCAAAAUGCAGUUGGAGUUGAUGACCUUAAGUCUAUGGAUUUUGAGGUGGAGAAUUUGAUCGUUUUGGAUGGAACAUGGUCCAAGGCUGGGAGAAUUUACAAUGAGAACCCCUGGUUGAAGCUUUUGCCACAUAUGAGGUUGGAUUUGGAUAAGAUGAGCUUGUAUAGUGAAAUAAGGCAUCAGCCAAAGGCAGGAUUUUUGUCAACCAUUGAGAGCAUUGUGUAUACCUUGAAGGCUUUGGGAGACAAUGUCGAUGGAUUGGACAACCUUUUGGAUGUGUUUGAGUCCAUGGUUGGGGAUCAGAGGCGACUUAAAGAUGAAAGAUUGAGCAAAGCCUCCGAAGAUCGUAUCUACUAAUUUUUGCUUUCUCAGUUAACAUUGUUUCAAACUGAGGCUUUGACCAAUGUCAAGAUAGUCCUAUGCUAACUUUGCAAAGUUAAUGUCUGCAAAUUGCAGCCUUAUAGCAA